AAAUGACACAAGUAUGAUUUGAUCCUGUGGCAAUAACCUGAAUGCUACCUUGUAGACCUUGUAAUUAUUAUAUAUAAAAGUCAGCCUGGACGCAUGUCUUUUCCCUCGCAGCACACCUAGCAGCCUUAUAUUCCACCCUUCCUCUUCAGCAAGCAAAAUGGCAUCGUUCUACGCAAACCCACUUGUCUAUGGAAAUCCUUUCCUGGACAUUCCGUCCGACAUGGACACGAACCCUUUCCGUUGGGUUUGGGAGGAUAUCUGUUCCGUCUUCAGUCUCGCCAGGCUGCUCCCACGCAUAUUUCUUCCUCUUGGGCCCUUGAAAUCCGAGCACCUCGACGAGCUCUAUCCCGACCUCCGCAACCUUCGAGAUAUCUCCCUGCAUGUGAUUUUGAUAGUCAUCCAGGUGGUGCUUCUUCUGUCGUUUCCGCUGGUUUUGAUGACCUUCUGGGCGUUUCCCCUGGUCGUUUACGUGGUGUUCUAUGUGCUGCUCACGCUCGUGACCAUGAUCAUCAUGAGGCUGCUGAACGGGCCUCCCACAGGGAGGUCUCUCAUCGGCGUGCCAAAAACAAAACCCCCGGCCAAUAACGCAAGCGAGCCAUGGUUUUUCAUCAACGGCGUUGCAACCGGGCGACACUGGCAUCUGUCGAAUCUAGCCCUACUCGCAGAGAUAUUCGGCCGGGAGAUUGUAGGCAUCCACAAUCCAACAAAAGGGUUGAUUCUCGACCUGAUCGAAUGUCUCAUCCAACGCGACCUCGACUACAAAACCAUCGACAUCCGACAAGGCCGCGCGCAGCUCCGCGCAGCGCUCGCGGCAUCCACCACCAAACGGGCCGUGCUGAUCGUCCACUCGCAGGGCGGGAUCGAGGCAGCCUCGAUCAUCGACUGGCUCUUCGGCGAGCUGUCGCACGACAAGAUGCGCAAGCUGGAAGUAUACACGUUUGGGAACGCGGCCCGACAGUUCCGCAACCCGCCCAUCCACGACCCCGUGGACGAGCCUCGCAGCGGCAGAGUCAACCCGCGCCGCCAGACGCACGGCGAGCGCGUCAUCCGGUACAUCGAGCACUACGCCAACAGCAAGGAUUUCGUGGCCAACAUUGGCGUGUUGAAGUUCACGACGCCCGUGGCGGCGUAUUCCAAUGGCGGGCUGUUUUCCGGCAGUGUCUUUGUCCGGGUUGGGUCGGGCCAUUUGCUGAACAUGCAUUAUUUGGACCCGAUGUUUGGCGAGGACAGUGCCUUUAUGCGGUCCAUGGUGGAUAUUCCGUCGGCGGAGGGCGCGGAAGGCGUGGUGGUGGUUUCGAAGCCGGUGAGGGAGUUGUCGAGGCUGUAUCAGUAUCGGAAUGGGGAGAGUCCCAAGGACCCUGAGCUGGAUUGAUUGGUUUUGGUAUUUAUUUUUAUUUUUUUUAUGCGUUUUGAGUCUGAGUUAUAUUGGUGGAAAUGCUCCCAGGAAGCGGCAGCCUAAGAAAGGAUAUAUAUUUACAAGUAG